AACUCCACCUCCCUCCUUCUCUCCCUCUUUCUCUCCCUCCUCUCUGUCCCUCCAUCCCUCUUACUUUCACUGCUGUACAGCUGGCAAUUUAUAGACAAAAGGACGGUAGUGAUUAUGGACCAUUAGGCGCUUUUCCCCGUAAAGAUUUUUUUCUAAAUUAGGCAGACGGUCUGGAUGACCCCCUUCUGUCGGACGAAGGAUAUCCGUGGCUGCAUAAUUAGUAGCCAAUUGGCCAGAAAUUGGAGUUAUCACGACUGAGCGGAUAAAAAAAGUAUACGGAACUUUGAAACCGGCUGUCUGGAGUCACACUGGUUAACUAAUGGAUCCCUGUCAUUGGUGGAGGUAUACAGUCACACUCCUGUUAGGGGUGUGGUCUACACUGUGUCUGGCUCAGACCACACCCCCAAUACAGACCACACCCCCUACAAAAUCCACACCUGCUCCCACGCAACAGUCUGAGCGCCUCAAGUUCCGCUUGGCUGGUUACCCCCGGAAACACAACGAGGGGCGCAUUGAGGUGUUCUAUAAGGGCGAGUGGGGAACCAUCUGCGACGAUGACUUCACGUUGUCCAAUGCCCAGGUUCUCUGUCGACAGCUGGGCUUUGUUGCCGCUACUGGCUGGGCACACAGUGCCAAAUAUGGAAAAGGAGCAGGCAAGAUCUGGCUGGACAACGUCCAGUGCGGUGGCAGCGAGACGAGCAUAUCCGUGUGCAAGUCACGAGGCUGGGGAAACAGCGACUGCACACACGACGAGGACGCUGGAGUCAUCUGCAAGGAUGAGAGACUUCCAGGAUUCGUUGACACUGAAAAUGUCAUCGAGGCUCUCUCAGGGCAGGGGGACGACUACCACAUCGAGGAAGUGCGUCUGCGUCCUGUGGUUGCCACAGCGAAGCGGCGUCUCCCGGUAACGGAGGGCGUGGUGGAGGUGCGCUACAAGAACAACUGGUCUCAGGUGUGUGACCGCGGCUGGACCCACAAGAACUCCCGCGUCAUCUGCGGCUUGAUGGGGUUCCCCCACGAGAGGAAGGUUAACAAGAACUUCUACAGGCUGUACACGGAGCGUCAGAAGAGUCACUUCCUGGUUCACUCGGUGGCCUGUCUGGGCACUGAGGUGCACUUGGCGGCGUGCCCGCUGGAGUUUAAUAAGGGCAACAGCAGCAUGGGGGCCUGCGAGGACGGAAUGCCCGCAGUGGUCAGUUGCGUGGCAGGGCCCCUGUACACACACAACGUUGCUUUGAAGAAGAAGCUCAAGGUUUCGAAAAACGUCCGGCUGAAGGGCGGCACGCAUCCGGCCGAGGGCCGUGUGGAGGUGAUGAGGGGGGGCAAGUGGGGGACGGUGUGUGACGACCGCUGGAACCUGCAGUCGGCCAGCGUGGUGUGCAGAGAGCUGGGCUUCGGCUCGGCCAAGGAGGCCCUCACUGGAGCACGCAUGGGGCAGGGCGUGGGUCCGAUCCACAUGAAUGAGGUGCAGUGUACUGGGCAGGAGCGCUCCAUCUGGAGCUGCGGCUAUAAGAACAUCACAGAGGAGGACUGCAUGCACACAGAGGACGCGUCUGUGCGCUGCAACACCCCCUACAUGGGCUACGAGAAAACGGUGCGUAUUGGCGGGGGCCGCUCGCGGUACGAGGGGCGCGUGGAGGUGCUCCAGACUCUCCCCAACGGGACCCAGCGCUGGGGGCUGCUCUGCGGAGACGGCUGGAACACUAAGCAGGCCAUGGUGGUGUGCAGGCAGCUGGGCCUGGGAUACGCCAACCAUGGACUGAAAGUGCGUGUGCGGGGCGGGCGCUCCUCGUUUGAGGGCCGGGUGGAGGUGCGGGUGGGCGAGCGCUGGGGAGCGCUGUGCAGUCAGGGCUGGAGCACCAGGGAGGCCACGGUGGCCUGCAGACAGCUAGGGCUCGGAUACUCCAUGCAUGCCAUCAAUGAAACGUGGUACUGGGACGGCAGUAAUGUGACUGACAUGGUGUGGAGUGGGGUGCAGUGCACGGGGAAUGAGAUGUCCCUCACGCAGUGCCAGAGACACAAAGUCUUCAACUGCCAGAAAUCCGCCGCCAGGUUCUCAGCUGGAGUUAUCUGCUCAGAGACGGCGUCUGACCUGGUGCUGAACGCGACCCUGGUGCAGCAGUCGGUGUACAUCGAGGACCGUCCGCUGCACAUGCUGUACUGCGCGGCGGAGGAGGACUGCCUGUCCAAGACGGCCGCCCAGGCCAACUGGCCCUACGGCCACCGCCGCCUGCUGCGCUUCUCCUCCCAGAUCCACAACGUCGGCCGCGCCGACUUCCGGCCCAAGCUCGGCAGGCACUCCUGGGUGUGGCACGCGUGUCACGGGCAUUAUCACAGCAUGGACAUAUUUACUCAUUAUGACAUACUGUCAGUUAAUGGCACAAGGAUGGCCGAGGGACACAAAGCAAGCUUCUGCCUGGAGGAUUCUGAUUGCGCGGAGGGCAUCUCUAAGCGAUACGAGUGUGCUAACUUUGGUGAGCAGGGUAUCACAGUGGGAUGCUGGGAUCUCUAUCGCCAUGACAUUGACUGCCAAUGGAUUGACAUCACAGAUGUGAAACCAGGAAACUACAUUCUACAGGUCGUGAUAAAUCCAAACCAAGAGGUGUCAGAGAUGGAUUACACAAACAACGCCAUGAAGUGUAGCUGCAAGUAUGACGGCCAUAGGAUCUGGGUGCAUAACUGUCACAUGGGUGAUGCCUUUAGUGACGAGGUGGAGAGGAAAUUUGAGAAAUAUCCUGGACAGUUCAACAACCAGAUCACGAAUUAGCACACAUGCUCUAUCACUCUGAAGAGACACACGGCAAAUUCACACCAAUCAUGCACACGAUCAUACACAAGACAUUCUAUCAAUAUCUGACUUGUUACAUAGGCAUUCAUUCAUACAAUUUUGUAUAGAGAUCUACAUACUCCAUGAUACAGAACAGCACAAUCAUAUACAUUAUGCAUAUUCAAAUGGUUCUUGUGGCAUUAUGUUGCAACGGCUUUCAUAGCUGAUGUGUGUGUGUGUGUGUGUGUGUGUGUGUGUAUGUGUUUGUGUGUGUGUGCGUGUGUGUGUAUCCAGGAGUUUUAUUACUUGAAUUCUCCGCUCCAGUCCAUAUGUCAAGGGACCAUUGUUGUGUGAAAAUAUCCUUUACGGUGCUUUGUUUGAAUGUUUGUAUGUUUACGUCCCUACGCUCUACAGGUAUUUUCGAGUUGUCAUGUGUGGUUGAUGAAGAAACACUUUGAGUGAAUGAAUGAAUGUUUUUUUUAAGCUAAAAGUAAAACUAUGAAUAUAAAUGUUGUUCUGUUUGGAAUACUAUGUCCAUGAUCUCAUUCCAAUAUAUUUCAGUACAGCUUAAUCACAGGGAUGCACAUGCCAUCUGGUCACAUUUCCUUUAUUUGAAGGUAUAAUAAAAAAGUUACAGUUGUUUA